AUGCAGUAUUCCCUUACCACCAGCAAGCUAGUCGCCCUCCUUGGUGUUGUGGGUGUUCUACCCCUAGUGGCAUGCCAUGGUCUCAGUCGCCGUCAGACAGAGGACGUGGGCGGCGCGCAGAAUGCAUGGGAGCAGGACACGGGCAUUGUGUCGACCUUCUUGUCCAAUGCGGCCACGUUCUCGGGGGCCACUCUCGUUGCUCAAGCUCAACAGGCUCUCAAUGCCGAGAACGACGAGCUCACUCACAAGGCCGUCCUCGAUGCCGUUUUCCUCAACGUCGCCGACCCCAAUCCUCUUGUCGUCCAGGCCAAUGAGGUCCUUGUCGGGGAACAAACCUUCAACAACGUCGUGAUCAACCUGCAGACGUUUGUGGAUGAAGGCGCAAGUUUCAGUACGCAAGACAUCAUCAACCUCGUGGGUGUGAUCAAUGGCGUCCGAUGCACUGAGGUUCUACCAGCCAUCGACCUAUAUUUCCAGGCUGCCGCGGAAGUUGUCCAGGACGGUAUCCAGCUGACUGCUGUUCGGCCCACCAAUUGCCCCUCUGGUUCCAAGCAGAAGCGCGAACUUUGA